AGAAUCAUCCCAUCAAUAUAUAAGAGUGUGAUAAUCCGAGUGAAGAAAUAUACACUAAUCACCCUUUCCUUCCCUUCAUCCCUCUCAUCAAUGGCCGACCAAUUACUCCACACUCUCCUCGACCUCUUCCCUACGCUCAAGACGCUACCCACCGAAGAUUUCGUCCCCCCGUCUCUUGAUCCAGCCACGGGCGUCCAAUCCAAGGACGUCGAAAUCGCGGCGGAGAUCAACCUCUCCGCCCGGAUUUACCUCCCGCCCAGCGCCGACACCACCAAAAAGCUCCCGCUCCUCGUCUACUACCACGGCGGAGGCUUCGUCUUCGAAUCCGCCUUCUCCCCGCUCUACCACAAGCACCUCAAUCUCUUAGUCGCCCAAUCCAACGUCGUCGCUGUCUCGGUAAAUUACCGAUUAGCCCCUGACUUUCCCAUCCCGAUCGCGUUCGAGGAUUCAUGGCGCGCUCUGAAGUGGACCGCCGAGGGCGAGGACGAAUGGAUCAACGAAUUCGCCGAUCUGAAGCGUGUGUAUUUAGGCGGGGACAGCGCGGGCGGGAAUAUAGCGCACAACAUCGCCAUGCGGGUCGGGUCGGAGAAUCCGGAGGGUUUCAACCUGCAAGGGAUGUUCCUGAACUGCCCCUACUUCGGGGGAGUGGAUCCGAUUGGGAGCGAAACGGCGGAGGAGUUGAAGUUGAAGAAGAGGACAGAGUUUUUCCAAAAUCUGUGGGGAUUUGUUUGCCCGAGCUUGAGGGAUCGGGACGAGGGAUGGGUGAACCCGGGUAAGGAUCCGAAGAUAUCGGGUUUGGGUUGUGCAAAAGUGCUGGUUUAUGUUGCGGGGAAUGAUUCGCUCAAGGCUAGAGGGUGGUAUUACAAGGAGGUGCUGAGUAAUUGUGGAUGGAAGGGAGAAAUCGAGUGUAUUGAGGUUGCAGGUGAAGACCAUGUUUUCAGUGUGUUUGCUCCAGAUAAUCAGUCUGGUAUUGAUAUGAUUAAGAAAGUGGCUUCUUUUAUUAAUCACUGAAUCGUAAUAAGUCGAUCCUUAAUUAAUCAUAUCA